AUGGAUUACAAAGCGGAGCAAUACGUCGGGAAUCCACACGACCUGUUCGAUAUUCCAGCCGCCGAACAAGAAAUUACGGUGGGUCCAAACGAGCAGACCGUUCUUUCAAGCAGUUUGGUGACCCAGUCCCCCAUUGUUACAUCAGUUGCACCGGUCACUUCCAUCGUGAUUGAUAGCUCUGCGAACUUGGCACCACAGAAUACACAGACAACUCCACAUCCACCGCGCGUAAUCAUGCUUCAGCGUCCCGGUCAAACUCCUGGGGUGUCACUUGCCUCGCCCCCUCAGCGGCCUGCUAUUAAGAUGGAUUACAAAGCGGAGCAAUACGUCGGGAAUCCACACGACCUGUUCGAUAUUCCAGCCGCCGAACAAGAAAUUACGCUCUGCGAACUUGGCACCACAGAAUACACAGACAACUCCAUACCCACCACGCGUAAUCAUGCUUCAGCGUCCCGGUCAAACUCCUGGGAUGUCACUUGCCUCACCCUUCAGCGCCCUGCUAUUAGCACGGUAAAAAUAAUCACUGUACCAGGGCAGGGUGUUGGGCGUAGCAUGAAAGUUAUAUCUUCAACUGGUAGCCCAAUUGUCACGGGUGCACUUUCCGGAGCACCUUCAGUUCCACGAUUACUGACAAUCAGGACACCAGCGCAACUUGCCUCUAGUGGUACAAUUCUUGGCGGGAUUCCCAGUGCUUCUACAGUGCGUCCGGGCACGCUUAUUCUCUCCAGUGCGGCCGGCGCAACUCCCAUCACUCAUGGAGUGGUUAGCAGUGGGGCGCAUCAACCCUCUGAAGACAUCGAGAACACCAUGGUGACUUCCGGAGACGGAAUACAUGCACCACAAAGUGGCAUAGUUGCAACACAAGGUGGAUACUACGACCUUUCCACAGGCCUGCCUGCGUCAGGACCGCUUUCUACUUACUUUCAGCCUCCUAGUCCUCCCGGUCAUGACUCUGGAGAUGAACAAGAGCAGAUGUCAACUGGUUUCAAGACGAAUGGCCUACGACGGUAUGCACGCUGUGUGUGUAACAAAGUCAAGGAAAAAGGUGUCACUUCCUACAUCGAGGUGGCUGACGAACUAGUCCAUGAGUAUGCAGCGGAGCAUCCAAUGAUUCCCUCUGAGCAGUUGCAUUAUAUUCAGAAAAAUAUUCGGCGGCGAGUUUACGAUGCGCUCAACGUGCUGAUGGCACUGAACGUGUUGCAGAAAGAAAAGAAGGAAAUCCGUUGGGUUGGGUUACCGAUCAAUAUGAUCGAAGAAUGCCGUCGUUUGGAAGAAGAGCGCGAGAAGAGUCAAGUUGCCUUGAGGAACAAGACUGUUGAGAUACAGGAACUGAUCCUUCAGUUGAUCGCCUUCAAAAAUCUGGUCAUGCGUAAUCGCAUCAAUGAUCGGUAUAGACGCAGCCAGACAGCAUCUGAGUCCCAAGCUUCUACCGGGGACAACCGAAUGGCGGAUUUCAAUAUUCAGAACUUGGGGCGUGGAGGAGGAAGUCAAUCUGGUCCUCGUACUGAAAAGAUUCCUCUACCGUUCUUAGUCAUAUCUACACAUAGAAAGACAGUGAUUGAUUGCAACAUUUCUACUGACAAGCUGGAAUACCUGUUCAAUUUCGAUCAGGCUUUUGAAAUCCGGGAUGAAGUCGACACAUUGAAGCGAAUGGGUCUGAUGCUACGUUUGGGAAGUAUUCAUUGCACACAAGAAGAGUAUAACCAAUGCUUGGAGCUUGUUCCACCAUCUCUGCGGUUCUACGUUGAAGCAAUUUAUGAGCGUCGACAAGCUAUUGUGCCAGACUUUGAGGCCUUGCAUCAACAACGUCGACUAUUUGUCGAGGCGCGCCUAGCUGCCGCUGCGGCGAAUUCAUCCUCCGGACAACAUGAUGAACAUGACGACGAAAUGGGCCACGAGGGGACCGUUGGUGGAUUGCGAAACACACAACCUUCGCCGGUAGAACAUGGGUCACGGUAUUCCAGUUUGUUUGACAGUGGCGUCGGUUGCUCCACGAGUGAUAGCACUUUGAGAAGAUUGUAUCUUUCCGGGUCAGUCGACGACACGGAUGAUAGCCAUCUGGUUUCUGGUGCGGUUCCUCCCACUGGAUUUGUUCCGGGAGACACACAGCACUACGCACGUGCAGCUGCUUCUCGUGGAUAUGUUGUCCCAGGAGGUCCUGGAGGGCUUCUUCGUCACAGACAAGUUCCUGGCAGCCAUGUUGAGCGUGUAAUGCAUUCCAGUGGAACCGGUACAGGUUCGACCGUGGGUAGUCUCGUUUGCUCUAUCAGCAACAAUACACGUGAGGACAUUGCGGCUACCACAACACUUGGAAGUGCGACCGCGGAGCACGUAUUGUCCCAUGAUGAUGAACUAGUUGACGACGAACUGAUGGGUGAUCCCGGGGAAGAGGAUGACGAUGAUGACGAAGACAUGGAAGAUGUUUGA